UGCUGACCUUCGCUACUGCCCCGCUGCGGGACCGCGUCCGGACCGGCGCGUCCCUUAGAAAGCAGUGAGGGAGUCCCGGCCAUGGAGACCCUCGUGCGCCCCAGGACCAGCAAGCCUCCGACCGGGAGAAGAAUGAAGGCUCGUGCUCCUCCUCCACCAAAUCAACCAGCAAGUAGAAUUCCCAGUGAGCAGAAGUCAUGUGCAGACACAGCUGUAAUUUCUGAUCAGAACCUUGUUAGUAUGAAGGAGAACACGAUAAACAGAUGGGUGGACUUCACAGUCAUUUUACCCAGCGGGGCAGAGCAGAAGAGCACAGUACAAGGAAGUAAAGCUGUGAUGGAUCUCUUGGUUGAUUUAUGCAGCCAGUAUCACUUAAAUCCAUCCCAAUAUAGUCUUGAACUGAAGUCUUUGGGAGCUCAACAACCUCUGAGUUACAAGCCAAACACUUUGAUAGGAGCACUGGAUGUGCAGAUGGUAUUUUUGAAAGAAAAGAUUCCUGAAGAGAAGACAAAGCGAACGCUGCCACGGGUUCCUGAGAAAUCUGUGAGGCUGGUAGUGAACUACCUGAAGACACAGAAGGCUGUGGUUCGAGUUAGUCCAGAGGUGCCUCUCCGCAACAUCAUCCCAGCUAUUUGCGAGAAGUGUGAGGUCAGUCAAGAGCAUAUUGUUCUUCUGCGAGAUGGCAUCACUGGGGAGGAGCUGGAGCUUACUAAGUCUUUGGAGGAGCUGGGGAUAAAGGAACUGUAUGCCUGGGACAGAAAAAGAGUUCCUCCAUCAAAAACUCAAUCUGAACCUACUCUGAACUAUAGAGAACCAAGUCAAAAGGCUUCAGUAAACAAUGAAGCAAUAGAAAAAGAAAAGACAAGACUUCUGGGGUUAUUUAAAACUGAUAGAAGAAGCAGCAAGACAGAAGAACAUUUGAGGAUGAACAGGGAUUGUGGUGAGGAGGAUGUUUUUAGUUCUACAUCUACAAGUGAAGGAAGUUUGGAUGGUUUUUCCACAGCUCCAAAUUCCCCUUCAGUGAAUUCUCGUUCCAGUUGCCUGGGUCCAUCACUGUCGCUUGGUAACAUCUCGGGAAUGACAGAAAACACAGAAGUGAAAAAGCGCAGAGCACCUCCUCCACCAGUUGUGACACCCGCAUUGCAGAACGUGCGUAUGAGGAAGCAAGAAAAGACAGCAGCACAGAUUUCACAAGGACAAUCCCUAAAAGAUUUACAGAAAAAGAAGCGACGUGCUCCACUCCCACCAGCUGCAUCUGCUCCACCCACUCCUGCCAUGCCAAACAGGACAGAAGAGAGGGAAGACAAAAGGAAGAGCACAAUGGUAGGUGAUGGACGACAGGUGCCACAAAAGCCUCCUAGAGGCACCACUCGUGGUCCACUCCAGUUAGUGAUACCCCCACCUUACCUUCCUCCUGACAAAGACAUUGUGGAUCCAACAGUCUGUGACAGAGAAGCAGAUGUUACAGCAUCAACAGAGCUGGUACCUAAACAGAACCUGCUGCCUUCACAAGAUAAUGUUUGUAUAGCGGAUGACACAGUUCUGGAGCUAUCAGAAGUGGAAGAAACAGCUUCAGAAAACAGCUGGUUUGCAUCUGAGGAGACCACAGAAGACUCAGGUGUUGUGAGUUCCCCAUCUGACAUUGUAUCUUUGGAUUCACAAAAUGACGGUAUGAAGUUGAGAGACAACAAACCGGUCAGUGGCUAUGUGGACUCGGCUGCGGCAGAUGCGGUGCAUAGCACAGAGACAUGCCCUGUAAAGAGAGCCUGCUGUGAUAGUGUGACAUCUGACAGUGCUCCACAGAGGAGAGAUGAAGAAAGGGCUUCGGCUGAGCAUGAGAAUGGAGCUAUGUUCAUUGCUGCACAACUCCAGCAGACUUUGGCUGACCUGGACGAGGAGUUAGAAGCAGUGGAGGGUAUAAGCAACUCUGACUCUGAGUACAUCGAUGAAAUGUGGAGGCCACAUACAACAAAAGUCGAGGCUACCCAAGAUAUUACCAUUUCUGUUCCAGUAACAGUCAUAGAUGAUGCUCCGGAAGUUAGCACCUCUAACUCUGCUGGAAGUGAAGAGGCAGAGACAAGAUUGUCACAAAACAUCUUGGCUGACUCUGUUAUUACAGGGAACUUUACAAAUAAAAACAACAAUGCAGGUUCCUUUGAUAAGGGACACACAGAUGGUGGAGCUCUAUGCAUUUCCAAGGACUUAAUAUAUCAGCACCCAUCUGAAAAUGAAUUCAGCCUCUUGCCUGUGGAACAGAGGAGAGAUAUGUUUGAGUCUCUCACAUCCUCUUUUGAAAAAAGAAGUGAAAAGAGCUUCAGACUGGAAAUACCACACAAGCAUGGUGUCAAGUCUGAGGAAUGCAAGUCUAAGCUGAGUCCAUCUCACUCCAAGGUCACAGCUGAAAUCAGUACAGCAAAAGAGAAGAUAAAUCCACUUAAUGAAAGUAGUAACAGGGAAAGAUCUCUGAAAAAAAGUAAAUCAGAAUUAGAAAUCAAAUGGCCACCAGCAAAAAAAAAUGAAGUAGAAGACGUUCCAUCAACAUCCACAUGGUAUCACCGUGCCCAGAACUCAGCAACAAACUAUGAACCUAAAAUGGGUUUGACAACUUUUAAAGUUGUCCCUCCCAAACCUGAAGUAAAACAUUUUGAUAGAGGAGUUUCACUUUCCACUGGUGCCAUUAAGAUAGAUGAACUAGGCAACCUUAUAUGCCCUAACUCUGAUAUCAGUAAGCACAUACCAGGUACCUAUGGUGAUGAAAGUGAGGAAAUUUGUCUUGGGAAAGUGAAGGCAUUCUGGAGGUCAAGUUCUACAGAAAAGCAAAGUGAUGACUCUGCUGAGCAUCUGCCUAAAAAGUCAGCAGUUGCCACAAACUCUAAGCCUUUUACUAUAAAACAUGAACACAAACCGGUCUGUCUUGCAGCUCCAAAACCUGUAGCACCACCAUUUGUUACCACUCAGGUAGCUGAAAGACAGUCAGAGAAUGAAAGGACCAAACCACCUCUUUCAGUUGUACAGUCUCAGCUAACACCAUUAGUGGCCCCAACCAUGAAUAAGGACAAGCUGGAGCUUCCAUUUAUAAAGCCACAUAGAAGAACUUCAAGUCAGUAUGUUGCCUCUGCCAUUGUAAGACACAUCAAUGCAACUACCUUUAAGUGUGACCCUAUGGAAUAUCACGAGAAAGAUGAAAAUAAGCAAGGGGCAGGAGAGGUUAAAAAUGAAGCAGAAAUUUCACCCAAAAGAUGUAUUGCCAUAGCCAAAUAUAGCCCUGUGGACACAGAAUCAGCAGAAACAAGAGAAACGCUUUCAAGUAUUUUUACUUGCAGUCAGAAAGCAUCACACAGGUUUACACCUGGUGAUAGUUCUGGCAUGGAAAACAAAGUAGUUAACACCAGGUCACCAAAUCAAGCAACGUCUCUGAGUUUCUAUAAGUGUGUCCCACUUAUUAAAUCCUCUUCCAAGGAUAACAACAUUGCAGAAGAUGAUAAUGGUUUAAACAGAAAACAAAGUAUAGCUGAGAAAAAGACACAUCUUUCUCUUGACCAGAAAUGUGAGACUUCAACCCAUACUACUUCAGCCUCAUCUCUUAAGUCUCCUGAUCUCCAAGGAGUUGUAUCUUCUUUCAGUACACCUUUGCGAGUCACCAAAUGGCCUCCUGCUAAUGGUGUACAAGUUAGUUUGCUAAAGGCUUCACCUGAGCUAGAUGGUGCAGCAGCAAACACGGGGUCGGAACUGGAAGAAAAACGUGAUUCAGAGAGUAAUGCUAUCAAUGAACUGGAUGUUAAUGUACAGACCAAUAUCUUUGGACCAAAGAAGAAGUUCAAACCUGUCACCCAAAAACCAGUUCCAAAAGACACAUCACUGCACAGUGCCCUAAUGGAAGCCAUUCAAACAGGAGGGGGAAAAGAUAAACUCAGAAAGGUUUCAGACGGUGCACUAAAUGGCAAUUACAGGAAACUUUCGUAUGCUGAGCCAGAGAAUGAGCGCUCAGCCCUUCUAGCAGCAAUUAGAGGCCACAGUGGUGCCUCAAAGCUGAAAAAGAUCUCUUCAUUGGCCUCUGAAGAGCUGCAGAGUUUUAGGAAUGCAGAACUGUCCUUGCAGAAGGCAGAAGACCCUCAGGAAGAGCAGCUUUGUAUCCCACCUUCCCCUGCCCAGCCGCCACCACCACCUCCCCCUCAGCUGUCAGCAGCAGCCCCUAAGUCCUCUGCCAUGGUUCCUGAUUACCCAGUAGAUGCAAGGCAAGCCCUAAUGGAGGCCAUUCGCUCUGGUGCUGGAGCAGCAAAAUUGAGAAAGGUCCCUCUGCUCAUUUGAAUGUAUAAAGAACAGGUAAUUGGAAAGUCUAAGUCUGUAUGCACACAUCAUCAUCAUCCACGGUCUGAAGUGGCAAAAAUGUCAAGAAGUUUAGUUUAUUCUCCUGUCUACAAGCCAAAAUAAGUUGUAGUUAAUUUUCUGUGUGUUCCUGCAUAAUGGUUCUAAGGGGAAAAUAUGUUGCUCCAACGUAAAGCUUUUGUGCCAAGGAAUUGUGUUUUGCCUCUGAAUAAUUAAGGUUGCCAAUAAACUAUUCUUGUUGGCAGGUUAAGAAGAAUAUAAACACUAUGCAGUCCUGUGUUAAUUGUGUUUCUGGGCAAAUUAAAAGGCUUUGCUAGCUAUCUGAAAAGUAAUACUUAUUGCAAAUCGUUAAAAAUACGUAGCUAUUUUAAAUUAUUUACUUCUUAUUUGAUUUGGCAAAGGGCCGUAAGCAAUUGAGGUGAAACCCAGCAUAAAGAUCUCUUAAAAACAAUCAAAGCAAAAAGGUACAUUAUGAUGAACAUGAAUUGUCAUAGGCUGGAGUCAUUUUUUAAAAUUAGAUUAACUUUGUGUUUCUGGUGGAGCUCUGAGAAAGCAAGUAAUCAGUAAUGAAUGUCAGACAGUGUCUAUCAAAAAGUUACUUAAAGGGGUAUGAUGUAUAGAAUGCUACUGUGCAGAGAUAUACUGAGCCCUAGUAACAUCUAUGGCACUUUAAAAAUAUUGAGACACUUUAAAGUAUAUUUAUUUGCAAAAUACUGUGAAGGCUAUAAAUAAGAUUCAGAGUACUGAGUAGAGGUCCAAGGUUUAGAAUUCAUUCCUGCACUGCAAAAUGAAGUGAAGUUGGUUUAGAUCAGCAACCAGGACUUUUGACAUCUCCUGUUCAGGUCAUGCAUAAGUUGGUCCUCUGUUUCCAAUUUGUAUGGCUGUUGUAUGUUGUCUCACAAUUAUUUAUAGCAGCAUCUCUUUCCAGUGUUGACUACUUUGGUAGUUAUUGUUGCACAUAUUUUGAAACUUAUUAACUUAAAAAGGACAAAUGAAAACACUUUUUCACAUUUCCUAUAUUGUAAUGAAACUGAAGAAAGGAAGUUUGUACAUUUACAUUUUUGUAAUCACUGACCAGAAUAAUGGCAGACUCUUUUUUCCUUGGAGCUGAAAUUUUCAAUGUGUAGCUGUGUAAUGUUGGAAGUAUCUGAAUCUUUAGCCGUCUGCAUUUAAUGUAUCCAUAUAUUAUAUAUUGCAAAAUACCAAUGUCUGUUAGUGCCACGAAUAAAAACAAAGUCAAA